AGGCAACCUGAUCUUGCAGAAGAUUCCCACAUGCCUGGGUAACCGGCUGGGGGAGGCAUUCUCAUUUUUUUUUUCUGGUUCAUUAAAAAAAAAAAAAUCCCUCCUCCUCCUCUGUUUUGUUUUCUAUAGCAGCCAGUCCUGCCACCACCCUUCCCUGGGCUGCUACAAUGGACUCUCCCAAUGUUCAGUGUGUGUGUAGAAGGCUGCGAUGCUAAUGCUCAUUCUGGUACCCAUGAGCUAUUUUCUUCCUGUAUCCCUGCUGGAGCAUCCUUCAUAAUAUCACGCGAGACAGAUCCUUAAAGGAGGGCUGUGGCAGAUCGGAGUAUAGACCAGGUCAUCCCCAGCUAUGGCUUGGCUUUCCCAAGCUAAGCAUGGUUGGGCUACACUGAUCUUUGGAUGGUAGAUCUCCAAGCAGGACCCUGGUGGCACAGGCAGUGACACUGGACCGUCUCCAUCUGCUGCCGCUCAAGGGAGACUCGCCCAAUCGACCCGCCUGGCCACUCCGGCGUCUCAAGCCUGGAUUAAGCGAAUGGGUCGCGGUUCAGUGCCCUCGAUCGGCCGCCGUUGGAAAGCUUGUGUGCGUGCCGAAGAUUCCCACCGUUGCCCCCUGGCCUGAGGAGACGGGGAGGGGCCCUGCGUGCUCAUCCAGGAAGACCCGCCCUCCCCGCCCCCAUCAAAGGCGGUUCCCAUCCUCUUCUUCCUCACGCCAGUGAGAUCUGAAGGCGGGGCGUCAGCAAGGGCAGAGCCAUGGAUGAGGGGUUCAGGGACCGCACGGCCUUCAUCCGGGGGGCGAAGGACAUUGCCAAGGAGGUGAAGAAGCAUGCCACUAAGAAGGUGGGCAAGGGCGUGGACCGCGUGCAGGACGAAUACACCAAGCGCUCCUACUCCCGUUUUGAGGAGGACGACGACGAGGAGGAUUACCAGCCCCAGGACGGCUACUACCGCGGCGAGUCGGCCAACGACGAGGAAGGGGCCUCCAGCGAUGCCACCGAAGGGCAUGACGAGGACGACGAGAUCUACGAGGGCGAGUACCAGGGCAUCCCCCGCAAUGACUCCCUGAAGGCCGGGGACCAGCUGGCCGACAACCAGCAGGUGGUGAGCGAGUUCAGAGACUUCGAGGACCUGGAAGGGGACAAGAAGAAGGACAAGGAGGAGCUGGCCCAGCAGUACGAGCUCAUCCUGCAGGAGUGCGGCCACGGGCGCUUCCAGUGGACGCUGUACUUUGUGCUGGGGCUGGCCCUCAUGGCCGACGGCGUGGAGGUCUUCGUGGUGGGCUUUGUCCUCCCCAGCGCCGAGAAGGACAUGUGCUUGUCAGACUCCAACAAAGGCAUGCUGGGCCUCAUCGUCUACCUGGGCAUGAUGGUGGGAGCGUUCCUGUGGGGCGGCCUGGCGGAUCGGAUCGGCCGGAAGCAGUGCCUCCUUAUCUCCCUCUCGGUCAACAGUGUCUUCGCCUUCUUCUCCUCUUUCGUGCAAGGUUACGGCACCUUCCUCUUCUGCAGGCUGCUCUCCGGAGUGGGCAUCGGGGGCUCAAUCCCCAUUGUCUUCUCCUACUUCUCGGAGUUCCUAGCUCAGGAGAAGCGAGGUGAGCACCUGAGCUGGCUCUGCAUGUUCUGGAUGAUCGGGGGCAUCUACGCAUCAGCCAUGGCUUGGGCCAUCAUCCCUCACUACGGCUGGAGUUUCCAGAUGGGCUCCGCGUACCAGUUCCACAGCUGGAGGGUCUUUGUCCUGGUCUGCGCCUUCCCCUCUGUCUUUGCCAUCGGCGCUCUCACCACCAUGCCCGAGAGCCCACGCUUCUUCCUGGAGAACGGGAAGCAUGACGAGGCCUGGAUGGUGCUGAAGCAGGUUCACGACACCAACAUGCGAGCCAAGGGCCACCCCGAGAGGGUGUUUUCGGUCACCCACAUCAAAACCAUCAAGCAGGAGGACGAGCUGAUCGAGAUCCAGCUGGACACCGGUACCUGGUACCGGCGCUGGAUGGUUCGGAUCCUGAACCUCUUGCAUCAGGUCUGGAGCAACUUCCUGCAGUGCUUUGCCCCCGAGUACCGGCGCGUCACGCUCAUGAUGAUGGCUGUGUGGUUCACCAUGUCCUUCAGUUACUACGGCUUGACUGUCUGGUUCCCAGACAUGAUCAAGCAUUUACAGAACAUCGAAUAUGCCUCCCGCACCAAGCUCUUCACCCGCGAGAAGGUGGAGCACUUCACCUUCAACUUCACCCUGGAGAACCAGAUCCACCGCAACGGUGAAUACUACAACGACAAGUUCAUCGGCCUCAAGUUGAAAUCCGUCUCCUUUGAGGACUCCCUGUUUGAGGACUGCUACUUCGAAGACAUCACCUCCAGCAACACCUUCUUCAAGAACUGCUCCUUCUUCUCCACUGUCUUCUACAACACAGACCUGUUUGAGUACAAAUUCAUCAACUCCAAAAUGGCCAACAGCAGCUUCCUGCACAACAAAGAGGGCUGCCAGCUGGACUUCAGCGAUGAGAACAACGCCUACAUGAUCUACUUCGUUAGCUUCCUGGGCACCCUGGCCGUGCUGCCGGGGAACAUUGUCUCGGCCCUGCUCAUGGACAAGAUCGGGCGCCUUCGGAUGCUAGCCGGCUCCAGCGUGAUGUCGUGCGUCAGCUGCUUCUUCCUGUCGUUCGGGAACAGCGAGUCAGCCAUGAUCGCCCUGCUCUGCCUUUUCGGCGGGGUCAGCAUCGCCUCCUGGAAUGCCUUGGACGUGCUGACGGUGGAGCUCUACCCCUCGGACAAAAGGACGACAGCCUUCGGCUUCCUCAAUGCCCUCUGCAAGCUGGCGGCCGUCCUGGGCAUCAGCAUCUUCACCUCCUUCGUCGGCGUCACGAAAGCCGUGCCCAUCUUGCUGGCCUCGACAGCGCUGGCUGUGGGCAGCUCGCUAGCGUUGAGGCUGCCGGAGACGCGCGGGCAGGUGUUGCAGUGAGUGGGGCGUGCCCCCCCCCAGAUUUCCUCCCCCACAGGAGAUUCAAGUUGUUAGACACUGUGAAAUGUCUUAUUUUCUGAUUUCGAUGAUUUUAUUUUUUCGCUCUCCUUCCCCCAACCGCUCCUUCCUUCCCGGCCUCCCCCCUCUUUUUUCGGUGUCAUUACGUGUGUGAGAAUCGGCUCAUUCGUUGUGGGAGUUGAGGAGGGGGGGAAGAAAACUUGACUGAGAAGGAGAAGGGGGAAAGAACCUCUUUGCACUAAAUUCAGGCUGGAAACGGCCCAGCCGCGGCAGUGUGAACGGAUUAACUGGGCAAGCGCCAAUUGACCUAGCUCCUGAUCAGAGCUAGGGGCUAGGGCCAGCUCCUCAAAGGGGACAUCUAACGUCUAGGCGCCCUGCCACGCAGCAGUAACCCAAAAUCCCUUGUUGGAGCUCGCCCUUGGGUGUGCGCUGAUGAACACGUGAUCCAUUUAAUUUCACACUUGUGGGUGUAAACUAGUAGUACGUGCAACGUGUGCUCACGGAUCUUGGCUGUGUAAUAUUCUCCAAAUCCUCGUUUAUUUUUUUCAUCAGCCACCUGUGGUGUGUGGAGAGCAACGCAACCUCCCCUCCCCCCCCACUGCUUUUUCGGGGCCCUUUGAGUUGUAUGUAAAGUGGCGUCGAUUUCAGGUGUUAACAAAGCAUCCGUUUCAGGCUCCUAAGCCAGGUUUGCGGGAGCAAACCGGCAGAGCUCAGUUGUUCCUCUGUGUCACGUGAACCGAAUUUGAAAUCCUGAUCUGCACGCGUCCUUGCAUCGUGUCUCGCUGGUGUCACAAAUCGCUGGUCAAGCCGCGCCAGACGCCGCUGGCAUCCACCCCUGUAGACUCUAGUGGUAUCGGACAUUCAUACAUUUUGCAGGCAGCAGGUCUAGGAUCUCAUUGGCAUGGCAGAGGCUGUAUCAGAGCAGCGGUUCCAUCCUUGGCUCCGGUGGGUGGCUGGUCCUAAUGUGCCGAGCGCCUCAGUUUCCCCCUCUGUAAGACAGGGACCAUGAUACUUGCAUCCUUCUGUUGAGUGCUUUAGAGGAAAGGUGCUGUGUGUGAGGGCAAAGUAGCAUUAUUUUUUCUCCUUUGGACCAACAUCAGCUCAACUAUCCCUCUGUAACUGGACCGAAUUUCACGCACUAAUCCAGGGCGAUUCCCCUCUUCCAAUUAUCCAUUGCAGCUGAACAAUACAGCGAUGCUCGGUUUCUUGUAUUAUUGUUUAUUCAGGGAUUUUAAACAUUGUUUCUUCUGUUUGGGGGGAGAACAUUUGACUUUGAAGCUUAGGGAUUGUGCUUUUGGUGGUUGUUUGUGCUUUUUUUUUUUUAAUUCUCCCCAAGUCCCUCCCCACAGAGGCCAUCCAGAAACACAGCCUGGGGUGGGUGGGGGGCAGGGUGGGAUAGUAACACCUGUGAGCUCCAAACGGAGAUCAGCGCUCCAUUGCGCCAGGCCAGCAGCCCAGCUGGCCUGAAAGUGAUGCUAACCUCUGUCUGGUCUGUGGGUUGCUGGUCAUUCCAAUUAGGCGUUUCGUGUAUUUAACUUUGUAGCCCUCUGUCUCUCUGCCCUCCCCCAGCUCCUUGGUUGACCCUAAGGUCUGAUCUACACUUAGAUCAACCCAGCUAUGUCGCUCUCAAAGGGGAAGUGUGAUCCUUGAAAAAUCGAUUGCCUGGGACGCUUGCCGGAGGGAACUCCCCAGGGGUUGAGGGCAUGUAAGGCCCAAUCGCUCCACACAAACGGGCUCUAUUUUUGCAACACCCAAAGCACCGCGCCUUGCUCAUUAGAGACGGGACAAACCCGAGCCCCGACUGGCUUUUCUUGCUGUCUCUUUCCUGCUGCAGAUUGAACUGACGUAAGGCAGGGCUGGGCAGUGCUGGGUGCUGCCGGGGGCUUCGAGGCAUCUUAUGCCAAGAGUUUGCUCACCGCGUGUAUCCAGGACGAGCUGGGCAAAUGUAUUGCUCGGCUGAAGGAGCACUGAGGUCAGAGGUCCUUAGGGGCAGCAGGGGGCUAUUUUAAAGACACCCUAAUGUGGGUUGCAAAGGGCCCACCCUGAUAGGCAGCAGUGGAUGUUGGAUGGAGAACAGCGCCAUCUACGGGCACAGCGUGGACGCACACCCUGGCUUUCCUUCUCUCCUUAGGACCAAUGCCCUUUUUUCAUUCCAAGCUGGGUGUCACAUGCUGGCCCUUUAAUUCUCUGCGCUAUAAAGCCAGCACUGUCCAGGAACCAAGAGGCUAAGAAGCUGUCUUGGGGGCUCUCCUUUCUCAGCGCUGGUCGUAGCUUAGAAUUUAAAUGUUCUUUAAAACCCCAGCUAAUGUGAGGCCGAUGUCUCAGCAUCUUCCCCAUCUCGUGGCUUGGAAUCCAUGAGAGAAGGAUCCCGGCCGUGUCCUUUCUGCUGUCAGCAAGGGGAUGGAGGGACUCGAUUCUGUUCUGACCUUGCGCUGGAAGAGACACAAGCGCGUUGCCUUGCUGGAUGGCAGGAGAGUGUUUAUACACAUUCACCCACUGAGGCCAACGGGAUUUAAGCACGUGCUGGAGUGCUGGCUUAAAAUCCGGAUGGUGAGUGAGUUCCAACCCAGAUCUUCAAUUACUCUAACCCCCCCGCUGCCCCGCCACUUAAUUCUAACAAGCAGCAGGACCCCAACGAUGGUGCGAAAGGAAAUAAGGUUUUUAAAACCAGAUCUCUACCUUGCAGGGUGACAGAGCAAUUCUUAAUUUAAAAACAAUAAUAAUAAUGCACUGGGCUACGUCUUUAUGCUGCUCUCUGUUAUCCUGGGGGUAAAUCUGGAGUAAAUCCUUGUCAUAUCGGUCUAACAGAGCAGAAUCUGGACUUCAGGGCAGCUUUGAUUGGAGGAAAGGGGAGAGGGGAGUCAUGGUUCUCUGGUUGUAUUUUAUAACCCAUUUACAUAACAAAGCCCCCUAAUUGUCACAUUGUAGGUUAAUCGCUCAAUGGGCCCAUGUGUCAUCAUCUGAAGGUCUGAACAGGCGUGUGGUCCCCGGUGCCCCUUCAUCUAAUCAUAGCAGCUGGACACACACGGAGCCAAAAAUGUUAUUUUCAACAAGGGAUGAAAUUGACAAGCACCUGUGUUGGUUUUGCUGGGGGUCUUUGGUGUAAUGGGUGCCAGCCGAGCUCCAAAACAGGGAAUUAAAUAUCUUGCCUUCGCUGCAGAGCUAAAAAGAGAAAUGAACUGUAUUGGGGGGGGGUCAGUUUAAGGUCACCUAGGUCCACAUUAGACAAUAGAGCAAGGCUGCCAAUUCUCUUCUGAUGCGUAGAGAAGUGUGGCGUACAUCAAGGGGGGAAACGUACUGCUGUAUCAUUUUAAGCGAGAGUUGUAUUUUUUUACAUUUUAGGAGAUAUUUAAGAGUAGUAUAUUUUUCUUUAUUUAAUAAUUUUACACCAGAUCUCAGUUUCCCCUCCUCUCGCAAGCUUGUGACCAAGCGUAGCUGAAAGCAAGAGAUUUUGUCUCUCUCUCAGCUCCCCUGCUUCCCCCGCUGGGCUGUCUGAGCACAUCCCAAUGUCUAAUGCUCACAGCCCUACUGGGCGGCAAGUUACAGGCAGGGAAACUGAGGCACAGAGAGACAAAGAGUCGGUCUCUCCUGUGAUCAGAGGAGGGAGUGCAGCACGAGUAGACAUAUCCAACCUAGCUGUGAUCUCACUCGCUUGAGUAACAAUAGCAAUAAAGUUGCAGCACCAGGGACCGUACAAACCCACUCAGCUCCCUGCCUGUGCUCUAGGCUUCACUGCUACCGGUGCGCCAGUUAGCAGGCUCGGGCCUGUCUAUACAUGCUGCAGUCACACCGCUGCAGGGAAUGUAGACGCUCCCUAAGUGACUUGCCCAUGGUCACACAGGCAAUCUGUGGCAGAGGUAAGAAUCGAACCUAGCUCAGGCUCCCUAGCCCAGCUAUCAUUCCUCUACGUCUCUGGCAGAAAGAAAGGGCAUAAUGUUUCUUCCAUUAACAAAACUUAAUUAAACAAAGGAGGAUGACAAGCGAAGGAUUUGCCCUGGAGAAUCAGGGCCGCUGGCCCAGGUGGAGGGUGGCAUCAGUUUGAGAGUGAUUUUCAUCUCGUGCACAAGGCUGCGUGGCCACAGUUCACUUUAAAUGAGGCUUAUUUGGGUUUAAUUUAAGAUGCUUGAGCAUCAGGUUAACGUAAACUGACCUAGCAGCAGCCACACAAGGGUUUGCAGCACUUUAAGAACCACCUUCCGUUAAGCCCACGUAGCUGCUUUGUAGGCGCUAGGUCUUAUCAUCAUCCCCUGGGCCCAAUUCUUCAGUGCCUCGGGCUUGCAGCAUCAUGUACAGCUGGGUAAAGUGAACGCAUAGCGCCACUGCUCUGACGUGCCGGCACUGCACACCCAUUCAGUCCCUUGCACAGCGGGUGCGCACCACUCCCUAGUGAGAAAAGUGGUGAUUUGCACUGAUCAGUGGCUGCACAAGGGGCAAGGCAAAGAGCGAAUCAGCCCCUGGGCCUCCCAUGAUGGCUGAUAGCUGGGGGAUCAGAGAAAGGACAUGCAUCAAGCACCUGCAUAUAAUGUGACAGAGAAUUUCCUUCCUGACCCAUGCAGCAAUCAUAGCUCCAGUCCUGAAGCAUGACAGUUGAUCGAUGUUAUUUUAGCAGCUAACCACAAGGUUAUUGCUGGGUAGCCAGUCCCUUUAAUAAAGGUACCAAAAGGCCAAGCGCUAUAGUAGGACAAAGGUCCCACCUAGGAGAGGCUCAGCUCAAUUGAAGAAGCUAUGCUGGUCCCAACUACGUUAGUUUUUCCACCCCACUGUGCAUGGGGCCAGACUGGAUUACGACCACAUUGUAACCUGAGCCAGAAGGGAGCUUGAGUGUUGCCCACACAAGCUCAUUUUAAAAGGCCGGUGUAGAUGGGAGAUUAGAAAACCUGGUCCUGAUGCUGCAGCCUAGGGGACCCCAAUGCAACCUGCUCCAGUGAGGGAGGGCUGCACGACCCAGUUGAGCGUCCAUGUUUCGCUAUCCUAACCAGGCUGUUUGCGCCUCUCUCCUAUCGGCUCGGCAGGCGCGCUUGCCUCAUGGCUGCCUGAGCGACGAAGGGGACUGAUUUUUUAGAAAGAUUUAACUCGAGACCCUGGACUCAGCUUAGAGUCCUGUGGCACCUUAUAGACUAACAGACUAACACCCACUU